GGGCGCUUCCUAGUGACGAAUACAGUCCGCGUGACCUGAGGAAGUCAUGGCCGCGCGGUUUGUCUUCGGAGUUUCCCGGAGCUGGAAGAGUCUGUGGGGAUCCUCGUUACGGGGUCCCGCCACCCCCUGUAGCCUCUCUUUUCGGGAAUACGCUAAGAGGCCGGUCAUCAAAGGAGGCAAAGGCAAAGCUUCACCUGCAGAAGCCUUGAAGGACCCAGAUGUGUGCAAGGACCCAGUUCUGCUCACUACACAUGCUAUGGGAGUCAACAUCUACAAACAAGGCCCUGAAGUGGCCCUGAAGCCUGACUCUGAGUAUCCUCGUUGGCUCUUUGAGAUGAACCUGGGGCCACCCAAGACCCUGGAGGAGCUAGACCCUGAAAGCCGGGAGUACUGGCGGCUGCUGCGGAAACAGAACAUCUGGAGGCAAAACAAGUUAAACAAGAACAAGAAUCUGUGAGGAGGCAGCGGGGUCUGGAUGUGUGACAGGAGGUCGCCUGAGGACCUGACCAGGGCCUCCCCAGGACAGGACUUUGGGCAGCAGAUGCAGGAGGGGGAGGAGGCCACAGAGAAAAGGGUUUUCUUCCAAGAACUUUGUGGUUUUUGAGGGGAAAAAGGCAAGAAGUGGAAGAGAGCUCUCCUUCCCUUCUAUUCUUGGACCAUGAUGCUUCAAGCUCACCUCUCAUCUUGCCUUCUGGGGUUCCCAGCAGCCCCUUGUGCUGUGAGGCUGGCUGAGAGGACCUGGGCCCAAGGCCGGUGAAUAAAGCCCUCCCAGGAGUUUUUUGGGUGCA